AUGGCUUACAUGCACCCACAACAACAACCACAUGCCUUUUCGGCGUUUGGCUACUGUGACUCUUACUUCACGGAGAACCACGACGACGACGAUGGUCUCUACGCUAGAGCCGCUAAUGAGCGAGAAAGGGCACGUGGUGUAGCGAAGAUGCGGCAAAGGACCCUAGCUGAGGAGUUGUCACGCCUCACAGCAGACGACUACCAGGAGGAUGUCCUUGACCACAUGGAACGGAUGGAGGCAGAAACCAUGCCCGACAUUCAAUCAAUCGAGAUUCAGACGGAGAUUCAAUGGUUCAUGCGACCCUACCUACUGGACUUCCUUCUCGAAGCACACCACGCAUUUCAGCUCCUACCAGAGACAUUACACCUGGCUGUCAACCUUCUUGACCGAUACUGCUCGCGAAGAGUAGUCUACAAGCGCCACUAUCAACUGGUCGGCUGCGCCUCUCUCCUCAUUGCUGCCAAGUACGGCGAUAGGAAAGAACGUGUACCGACCAUCCGGGAGCUCAAAUCAAUGUGCUGCUCGCUAUACGAUGACGAUAUGUUCACCCAGAUGGAGUGGCAUGUCCUACAGACGCUUAACUGGAUCGUCGGUCACCCAACCGUCACAAGCUUCCUUCAACUGGCGCUCACGGAGGUCUCCUUCGACCCAGAACUGGAGCACAUGUCGUGGUACAUCACUGAACUCGCCCUUUACCACAAGGACUUUGUACCAGUACGGCCUUCCGUCCUGGCACGAUCUUCGCUGGCCUUGGCACGAUGCAUCCUCGCGAGACCUCAAUCACGAUGCUCCGACUGGUCAGCAAGGUACGACCCACAAGUUGUACUAAGCUUGUCCAAUUACAUCAACCAGCCGUCACAAGCGCUGCUACGAAAAUACGCAUCACCACACUUGUCUUCGGUCUCGACAACCAUCGAGAUGUUCCUGCGCCAACAAGCCAUGCUUGCCCAACGUGUGGUGCAAUCGACUCCCACCGAGUCUAACGCUAUGGAUGUCGAGCCUACACCGGCCACCAGUGUGUACCUUACGCCACAAACACCGCAGAAGGGUGGCUACCCGAACGUACCUAUAGGCGUACUGACACCACCCAUCACACCGGAUAAGGACUUCUGCACGGCCAAUGCGGGCUAUGGAGUCAACCAGGGCCUAGUACCAAGAAUGAAUGCAUGUACGCCAACGCCACCACCAAGUGUCGAGCAUCAGCAUCAGAUGCAAUACGGGGUACCGCACUACGUUCAGCAACCUCAAUUCGUGCAAUAA